AUGACAAUUCUAUCAAGUCAUGACCUUGAAAUAAUAUCCCAAUUUUUGAAUAACUUCGACGAUUACAAAAAUCUCACAAUGGUAUGCAAAAAGUUCACGAUGCUAACCAACCCCUAUUCCAUUAACACAAUCAACGCUUUCAACUCAAAUUUCUUAUUUCCACAUUCACCACCAAACAAAACUCAACCGAAUUCACAAUUAAAAAUAAAUAUGAGUUCCAACAUAAAAACUGAAAUCCCAAAAAUAGAAAACAGCAACCCAAAAUUUGCACAUCAAACAACAGACAACCCAAAAUAUCUUAUACCAACCAACUUGGGUCAAAAAUUGGAAAAGUCAAAAAACGACAAAGACGAAGAAAUUUUCGAGUUGACAACAAACUUAAUUAACUCAACUCAACAAACAACAAUAAUUGAUUUAACACAAACAAACGGUGUAGACACAAAAUCGGGCAGUUUUACAAUAACGAAACCCUGUUAUACCCUAAAUUCUCCCGAGUUAAAGAACAACCCCAAUUUGUUUAUUUAUGUUGUCCAGUCACACAUCCAAAAAAUUCCAAAGAGUUGUUUUGAGAAUUGUGUUAAUCUGAAGAACAUUGCUCUUUCGUGCAAUUUGACUAAAAUAUGUGACUUUGCCUUUUGUGGUUGUAAAAGUAUCGAACGCCUUUGUUUCCCAACGAAAGUGCAGAGCAUUGGGUCAAACUGCUUUAUGGACUGUAUCUCCCUCAGAAGUGUGACUUUGCCUGUAUCUCUCACACAGAUCAAAAAGUGUGCAUUUUGCAAUUGUAAAAAGAUGACAAGACUGAAAUUGUCUGACCGAAUAGUCGAUAUUGGAAACAAUGCAUUCAAAGACUGCAGACGACUCAAAGAAGUUGUUCUCCCACCAAAUCUCAAUCAGGUCAGUUCACACUGCUUCGAAAAUUGUGAACAACUCAGUUUUGUCUAUCUUCCUUUAAACAUCAAUUUGCUUCAGAAGAAAGCGUUUGCAGGCUGCAAAAGUCUUCAACUU